AAGUUUAAAUGGGAAUAUUUACGAAGCCGUCAUUGUCACUGUCUCGUCUCACGCCCGGCGGGAGAAGUCAAAUGACUUUCCUGCUAGAAAUCGCGUUGGAGAGUAGUGGUCCUACAAUCUUUAGGUUUCUCAUCUAAUUUUCCCGGAAACUUGCAGUUUUUCACGGGAAAAUUCACUUUUCAGGGAAAACAACUUCGCGGUUCGGGGAUUGAAUACUGAUUCUCUCUUGGUUUUGCCGAGGUGUUCUUGGAUUUUCACGGACCACUCCAAUUGGAAUUUGAUGCAGGCCCUUGCACCAAAAUUUUUACCACUUUGAUCGGUGAUCAAAUUCAAUAGCCCCAUACACAGUAGGAUUGGAGUUGAGGGUAGUGUUUCUAUCCUCACUCUACCUAUAAUGAGAUGGCAAACAAUGUAAUUACUAGUGCAUCGCUCGUUCUAGCUUCCGAAAUCCUCUCUGAGACGAUCCUGGCCAUAUCUGAAGCCAUGAAUGCCACCAAGUCAGUCCUUAUUCAAAAGGAGAAUUUCAACAAAUUUACAACUUACUUGGAGAGAAUUGCAUUUGUCCUGAGAGAAUUGUUCAAGUCAGAUAUAAAAACUUCAGUCAGCUUAAAAAAUGCGGUAGAGAUUCUUAAUGGGGAGAUCAAAGUUGCCAAGCAACUAGCUCUAAAUUGUGGUAAUAGAAACAAGGUCUAUCUCUUAUUCAAUUGCCGGAGAAUUGUUAAACACUUGGAGAGCAGUACAAAAGAAAUUAGUCAGGCUUUAGGCCUCAUCUCUUUGGCUUGUUUGGAUGAUCCAUCAUCGGUUAUAAACGAUGAGGUUAGUAUGCUAUGCAAGAAUAUGUUGGAAACUGAAUAUCAUUUGACGGUAGCAGAAGAAGAAAUCUUGGAGAAAAUUGAGUUGGGAAUAGAAGAGAGGAAUGUUGAUCAAUCCUAUGCAAAUGAUUUGAUCAUUCGUAUAGCUGAGGCUGUGGGAAUCUCAACUCAGCAGGCAGAAUUAAAGAGGGAAUUUGAGGUACUUAAAAGUGAAAUGGACAAUGAUGAGCAGAGGGAAGACGUGGUGAGUGCUUUACAGAUGGAACGAAUCAUUGCGCUGCUUAGUAAGGCCGACAUGAUUACAACCCACAAGGAGAAAGAGAUAAAGUACCUAACGAAGCGUAGUUCUUUGGGUAGGCAGGAAUUGGAACCUCUCCAAUCGUUUUAUUGCCCAAUCACGGGGGAUAUUAUGGUGGACCCUGUGGAGACUUCCUAUGGGCAUACUUUUGAGAGAAGUGCAAUACAGAAGUGGUUAGCAGAUUGUAACCUUUGUCCUAUUACCAAGAGUCCAUUGAACGCAUCACUUCUGCGAACCAACAAAACUCUCCAAAAAUCAAUUGAAGAAUGGAAGGACAGGAAUACAAUGAUUACGAUUGCUUCCAUGAAAGUGAAAAUACAGUCGGACGAGGAGCAAGAAGUACUUCAUUCUCUCAGCAAGCUGCAGGAUCUAUGCAUGGAAAGAGAGUUGCACAAAGAAUGGAUGAUAAUGGAGGACUAUGUACCGAUUCUUGUUGGUCUUCUUGGUGCUAAAAAUUUUGAAAUAAGAAAGCAUGCUCUUGACAUCCUUUGCACCCUUGCAAAGGACAAUGAAGACAACAAGGACAGAAUUGCUAAAGUAGAUAAAGCUGUUGAAUUUAUUGUUCGGUCCCUUGCACGUAAGGUUGAAGAGAGCAAGUUAGCAUUGCAGUUGCUGUUGGAAUUAUCAAGAAACGGUGUAGUUCGAAACUUAAUUGGAAGGGUUCAGGGUAGUAUACUUCUACUAGUGACUAUGUCCAGCAGUGAUGAUACUCAAGCUGCAAAAGAUGCACAUGAGCUUUUGGAGAAUCUCUCCUUUGAUGAUCAGAAUGUUGUACAGAUGGCAAAGGCAAAUUAUUUUGGACCUUUGUUGCACUUUCUUUCUUCAGGAACUGAAAGUGUUAAAAUGAUGAUGGCCAAGACUUUAUCAGAAGUCGAGUUGACCGAUCACAGUAAAUUGUCUCUAUUUAAAGACGGGGCGCAAGGACCGCUUAUGCAAUUGCUCUCACACGCAGAUAUAGAGAUGAAGAAAGUGGCCGUUAAAGCUCUUCAGAACCUCUCAAGCAUGCCACAAAAUGGACAGCAGAUGAUUAGGGAAGGCGCCGUGGGCCCACUGUUUGAACUUCUCUACUGUCACAGGUUAUCGUCAUCAAGUUUUCGCAAGCAAGUAGCAGCUACGAUUGCGCACCUUGCCAUAUCAAAUACUUCCCCUGAAGAAGAUGAGAUGCAAGUAUCAAUAUUUGAGUCGGAGGAAGAUGUUUUCAAACUCUUUUCCCUCGUUUCAUUGACAGGACUGGAUGUACAAGAAAGCAUUCUCCAGAUUUUCAUUGUGACGUGCCAAUCUUCCUCUGGUUUUGAAAUCAGGACUGCAUUAAGACAGAUUUCUGCUACUAGAGUGCUGGUCCAACUAUGUGAACUCGACGACUGUGCAGUCAGGGCAAACGCAGUGAAGCUCUUCUGUUGCCUGACACAAGAUGGUGAUGACAAAACCUUUUUGGAGCACGUGGGCCUGAAAUGUAUCGAGACCUUGUUAAAAAUUGCAAAAACUUCUAACAAAGUCGAAGAGAUUGCUUCUGCAAUGGGUAUCGUCUCUAACCUCCCUAAAAAUCCUCAGAUGAAUGAAUGGCUUCUUGAUGCCGAUGCACUUCAAGUCAUCUUCACUUGUCUAGUGAAUGGUGAUACUGAUACUUCUUCGUACAAAAGAGAGGUUGUAGAAAACGCUGCUAAAGCUCUCUGUCGUUUUACUCUCCCAACAAAUCAAGAAUGGCAGAGGAAAGUAGCCGAGGCUGGCUUUAUACCCGUGUUGGUACAGUUGCUAGUAUCUGGAUCUGUUUUCACAAAACAAAAUGUUGCCAUUUCGCUAAAACAGUUUUCAGAGAGUUCCUCGAGUUUAAGCAGGCAAGCAAAAAAGCAGGUGGUUUUUUUCGGGUGCUGCUUCGCCUCACCUGAAAUUGUGUGCCCUGUGCAUGGGGGCAUAUGCACGCUCGAGUCCUCAUUCUGUCUUCUAGGGGCCAAUGCCGUGAAACCCCUCGUGAGGGUUCUUGAAGAACAAAACAGUGCGUGUGAGGCGUCUUUGGAUGCUCUCUUGACAUUGAUUGAAGGUGAACAAUUGCAGAGAGGUAGCAAGGUGUUACUUGAAGCCAAUGCCAUUGUUCCGAUGAUAAAAUUGCUGAGCUCAUUAACGCCGACAUUGCAAGAGAAAGCUCUGAAGGCUUUAGAGAGGAUGUUUCGAUUGGUUGAAUUGAAACAAAAAUAUGGGGGAUCGGCAGAGCUGCCAUUAGUUGACAUUACUCAGAGAGGAACUAGUAGUAUGAAAUCUCUAGCUGCCAAGACACUAGCUCAUUUGAAUGUCCUUCAUGAUCAGUCCUCUUUUUUCUGAUCAGAACCAGUGAGGAUUUUUUAUUCCUCCAUUUUACUGCAAAAAUUGAGCACUUCCAUCGUCUAAUACAUUGGUUGAGUUUAUGCA